GGCAACUGGUAGGAUCAUAACAAGCAUUGGGUGGAUCGCUGUCUCCAAAAAGCAAGUAAAGGUUUAUUUGAUGGAUGGGGAAACAACCAUUCAUGUUAUACGUAAAGGUCUAUCACGGGUGGUACCAUUCCUGAACUUUGGAGUUGUUGAGCAACAUGGAAUGUCACAUAAAGCUACUGGCAUCAUGGGUUCUAUUGGGAAUGAAGCAGAGAUUGUAUUAGAGGAUGGGAAGCAAAUGCUAUCAUGGUCUGGUCAUAGAUUCCCUGUAGGGGGUGGCAAAAACAUCUGCCUCAAAGUGGAUCCUUUCUAUGAAGAUAAAUUCAACAAAUUACUAGAGAGAUUUCAGGUUGAUGGCAUUAAAACUGCUGGAGAAGAUGACGAAGAUGUUAAUAUUUGACCCAUAGGCAGUACAUUAUAUAAAUAGGCUAACAUAACAUCCAGAAACAAUAAUUUUGAAAGUCAAACAAAAACUGAUAGUUGAAAAUGGAAAUGGAGAGUGAGGUACAAAGA